CACGUCUUUACGCGUCCAGAGACUGAUCUGGAAGGACUUCAAUACAAGCCGUCCGAAAGUCACCGAUUCGACCCCAUUUCCGAGGCAAGGACGCGAAACACCAUAGCGCAUUCCAAUCUAGUGUCCUAAUGACAGCUGCAAUGCUCCGGAUCUUCAGGUCCAAUUCGGAUCUAUGACGAAAAACAACCUCAAAGACCACCUCGCCUGGUUGUUGGGCAAUCUCCAGCUCUCCGCCCCCGUUGGCCCGUCUUUCCCAACUGCCAACGACGCAUUCGAGAGCUCACGAAGCUUCGCCUCCCUCUCCUCGCUUCCCAGCUCCGGAGAGCCCAACGCGAGGGUGCCCGGCCCGGCCCCCGCAGCGCCUUCGUCCUCGACAGUAGAAGCACCUUCAAUUGAUUUCACCAUAGAUGACGACUCGCUGGCAGAAAUAGCGCUGGAGGAUAUCACAAACGGAAACAGGCAGGAGCAGGGCAUGGCGAGACUCGCCGCAAAGUCCACGAGAAAGCCAUCUCUGGUCUCAAAACAGGAGCAGCUCCCGACACCGGCGCCAUCCACGGCCGGAGGUGGUCGAUACUACCAGGCGUACGCUGCGUCUCUCAGCAAGGAUGAACAGCAGAAUACGCCGGCUAAAUCGAAGCAGUCAACUGCGGGUGCAGUGCGACCUUCAAUCAACAGGCCCACUAGGCCUGUACCAUGGACCGCCGCGGACAUUCCCGAGGAGGACGACGAUGGAUUUCUCGACCUCACGACAGUGGAAACUGCCAAUCCUGAUGCGAUAGAGUCCACUGAGGCGGUACUCACUCCCCGUGGUAGGAAGAGGAAGAGCGGCGAGAUGACCAAGGCCUCACCAAGGAGGAAGGAGCCUGUUGAGCCAGAAGACGACGAGUACCCCGACAUUGCCGAUUUUCUGGACGAUGACAUGAUGACCCCGGCAAUGCUUAAGCGUCGUGCUGCUGGUACCCAGUCAGCCAGGAGGAGUCCAACUAAGCCGCGUCUGGCCUCUCCGGACGGUACCAUACUUACACAACGUACGGUCACGCAGACAGUGAGUACGACAGAGACGCGAUUACGCAGGCCAUCGAGCAGCAUGGGCCAAACACCAAGUCUGGUCGGCCCACAAAGCAUUGGCAAAAAUGAGUCGCCGUUCAAAGUGGAAUCCGUGAAGCAAACCACGCGGCCACAGAGUCCUGGAGGCAAGGUUGAGGAGUUCUCGGAUGAUGGCUUCGCAUGGAGCUCAAGUCCUCAAAUGUCCCGCCGGCGCGGACGCAGCGAUAUUAUAAUGGACUCCGACGACGAGUUUCAGACACCUCCAUCACGCAAAAACUCCAAUGUACCUCUAAUAAAUGAUGCAGCAAUUCCCAUCUCGCAACAGGGGCACGCCCCAAUCGGUGCAAAACAGGACAUACCUAUCGAGGACAAAUCUCAGUCGUGGCCUGAAUCAAAGCGGCCCUCAGAAGCGCCUGAGAGCGAAUUUGUCAUCAGAAGCUCGCAACCUCUGGCACAGACCGACGCCAUGGACAUUGACAAUCGCACUGAUAGACUUGAGCCAGCGGGCGUCACAACGAGGGUUGAUCCCCACAGCUCGGAGACAGAUGGUGCAACUCUCGUCAUGGAUCUAUUCCUGGAAAAACCACAUGUCGUACGGCUUCUUACAAAAACGGUCAACGAGAAGUUGGCAAAGAACUCGGCAGAUUUCGCAAGAUCACUCCGUGAGAAAUGGCCUCCCGAACGGAAGUUGCAGGUGAAAAAAGAGAAGGAGCCGUUGUUGAAAGAGAAGAAAGCUCUAUCAGAUCUGAAAGUCUCUCACGAGGCCUACAAGGUCCUUGUGGAAGAGAAGGAGGACCUUGUGACUCAAAUUGGCAUGUUGUACGAUGCUGAUGAAGACACAACUGAGACCGAAGCUCGAGUCGAGGAGUUGGACUUGGAGAUUGAGCAGAAAGAGCGGAAUUUGAAGCAAGCUCUUGUGACCGCCGGUGUCACCAGCCCUGCUAUUUUUGAGGGCCUUCCAGACCCACCACCCGAAGGGCCUGAACCAUCCGACCCGACCAACAAAGCAAGUUCAGCCAGGGUAACACCGUCAUCGUCGAGAGACACCACUCGUAUACCGGAGUGUCUUUCUCAAGUUGUCAAACAGACCCAAAAUGUCGCGGCAGCACCAAGACAACAGAAACAAUUGGCAGAUCUCGUGGGCUCCUCAGAGGUGGUCAAGCCACCAGUGCCACAGUUCCGGCACGAAGAGCCACGAUCAUCCCGAAAAAUGGGGAGCCAUGCCACCUCCAGACCUCAUUUCGCAGCGCAAGACGAUAUUGACAUGGACGACCUGCUAGACGACGACGAUGAUGAUCUCUGGGCACAACCCUAUCAAUCCAAUGCCAGGUCUCAUAUACCAUCUUCAACAAAAGCUGCUGCCGCAAUGAAGUCCAAGAGCCCGGCGAAACUUAAAGUACGGCGGCAAGAGAACCACAGUGAUUAUGGCGAUGGCGAUGACGAUCUCGCAGCUAUGGUGGCAAUGGCUGAAGAAGCCGAGGAUUUUGAGCAAAGGCAAUCUUCCAUUGAAAGUCGAAGUAACCCUCGAGCGCGAUCAGUCUUGUCCGAGACGUCUGGGAACAAUGUUAGCACAGCAAGGGUCAAGGCCACAUCCAAGAAGCCCGUCAAGCCAGUACCGAAGCCUAAGAUACCCCAGGAACUUUUGAAGUUUCCCUGGUCCAGUGACCUGUUGAGGGCUUUCAAGGACAGGUUUCGCCUGGAAGGCUUCCGGCACAACCAGCUUGAGGCUAUAAAUGCCACUUUGGAUGGCAAGGAUGCCUUUGUCCUCAUGCCAACAGGCGGUGGAAAGUCUCUAUGCUAUCAACUACCAGCUGUCAUCAACAGUGGCAAGACCCGAGGUGUGACUAUUGUUGUCACCCCUCUGCUCAGUUUGAUGCAAGACCAGGUCGAUCACUUGACGGCCAGGGGCAUCGUGGCGAAGGCUUUCAGUGGCGAUACUGACAGGCAAGAGAAGGACAACAUCCUGCAAAGCUUCAAGUUGAGAAACCCAGAGCAUCAUGUUCAGCUUCUAUACGUCACACCCGAAAUGCUCAGCAAGAGUUCAGCGUUCAACAAUGGCCUCAAGAACUUGUGGGCAAGCAAGAAACUGGCUCGGCUGGUCAUCGAUGAAGCACAUUGUGUGAGUCAAUGGGGCCACGACUUCAGGCCAGACUACAAAAUGCUCGGCGAGGUUCGGCGCAAAUACCCAGGCGUACCAGUCAUGGCUCUGACAGCCACAGCGACCAAUAAUGUCAUAGUUGACAUCAAGCACAAUCUUGAUAUGGAGGGAUGCACUGUUUUCUCCCAAAGCUUCAACCGCCCAAACCUGUAUUACGAGAUCCGGCCCAAGGAGAAACAGCCUGUUGAACGCAUUGCCGAUAUUAUCAACGAAAGAUUUGCUGGCAAGACAGGAAUUGUCUAUACGCUCUCGAGAAAGCAGACUGAAAAGAUUGCCAAGACGCUGACGGAACGCGGAAUCAGAGCUGAACAUUACCACGCAGCCUUGCAGACCGAGGAAAAGGCUCAAGUGCAGCGAGAUUGGCAGAGUGGCCGAGUCAAGGUCGUGGUUGCUACCAUCGCUUUUGGUAUGGGAAUCGACAAGCCAGAUGUCCGCUUUGUGAUACAUCAUUAUCUCCCGAAGAGUCUGGAAGGCUACUAUCAAGAAACCGGCCGUGCUGGCCGUGACGGACUACCAUCAGACUGCAUCCUGUUCUUUGGCCAUGGGGAUAUCCACAGCCUCAGGAAAAUGAUCGACGAUGGAGACGGUAGUCGCCAGCAGAAGGAACGCCAAAAGGAAAUGCUCAAUCGUGUUGUCAUGUUCUGUGAGAACUCGCGCGAUUGUCGCCGCAGUCAGCUUCUUCACUAUUUUGGCGAAACAUUCUCCCGCGACAAGUGCGAAAAGACUUGCGACAACUGUAGGAUUGGCGGUACCUUCGAGGUCGCAGACAGGACGAAAUAUGCUGUGGCAGCCUUGGAGGCUGUCAUGUACCACACGCGCCUGACCUUGAAUCAGUGCACCGACGUGCUCAGGGGAACGAAGAAGCCCGAUGGAGAUGAAGAGGGCCAGUCAUUCCAUGGCAUUGCAAGACACCUCAAGAAGCCUGAGGUGAGCAGUGUCAUCGUCAGACUCGCUGCAGAGGGGGCCUUGGAUGAAGAGAACCGGGUCGGCGGUGGCGGGAUAGCCAUCCAGUACUUUAUCCUCGGUCGCGAGGCAGCUAGUUUCUUGUCUGGAGGCCGCAAGCUUGAAGUAGUGGUGCGGACCAGUGGUGAUAAGAGCGCCCCGGCCAAGGCUACGAAGAAGAAAACCACGAAGGGAAGAGUUGCAUUAGACGAUCACGAAGAGCUGGCCAGACCAGCGUCAACGUUGGUGUCUUCUCCAGUACGCCGCGGUGCUGGAAAAUCUCGAAAGGGCAAGGCUAUUGCAGCCUUUUUUGACGAGGAGGCUAUAGCUGAAGAUGACGAGCACCCCGAUCUCGAGCAUGAGCCGGCCCUCCAUUACAAUGGCUACGAAAAGGACGAUUUCUGUGUGCCCGAUGACGAGGACGACUACUUUGAGCCAGUUCGCAAGACGGCCAUCAAAUCACGGCGCCAGCGCACACUCGAAGAACUUGGCCCACCCAUCUCAAGGAUGGCCGACAAUGGCGCGCUGGAUGAUGUUCACGAGAUGAUUGUGACAGCAUUCCUGGAAGAGGCCAAGGACUUGGAGGAGCGAUUGCGCAACAAUAAGGGCUUCCGCCGGCCACUCUUCACCGAGGCCCAGCUCCGCCUGAUGGCAGUCAGAUGGACCACGACGGUCGACCAGAUGCGCCACAUACCUGGAAUCAAAACAGAGCAUGUCGACAAGUUCGGGACCAAGUUCAUCCCCGUUGUCAAGCAGUUCCACGAAAACUACCGCGAGAUGAUGGGCCAGGGCGACGACGGCGCGAUGGCGACCAUACCCGGCACGGCGGGGCCAUCGUCGGCGCGCCGCGCCACGGAGCCACAGGGCAAUUUCAUCGACCUGGUCAGCGACGAUGAUCACGAUGACGACGAGGGGGACGACGAGGACUACGACUACGAAGACCCGGGCGUCCCGUCCAAGUACUUUGGCGGCGGCGCCGCGGCCGACGACCCGAUACAGAGCCAGCUGGACGGCUGGUCCGAGCGCUACGCGGCGACCUCGCAGGUCGACGACUCCCGGCCCGCGUCCCGCGGCCGCGGCGGCGCAUCCAAGAGGGGCGGCGGCCCCAAGAAGAACUACUACCGCAAGGGCGGCGGCGGGGCCAGGUCGUACGGCGGAGUCUCCAAGGCCAAGGGCCGGAGGACCAGCGGUGGGUCUUCGAAGGCCGCCGGGGCGGGUCGGGGUGGUUCCAGGUCGGGUGCUGGGGGAAGGGGAGGGGGAGGGGGCGGGGGCGGAAUUGCUGUCAUGCCGUUUUGAUUUGUUUAUCCGGACGAGAUCACGGAUUGCUGGCUGUUGGGAGUGUUUUUGGCCGUGAAAGAAUCGGGGGCACACGUUGUAUGGAUGGCGAACUAGGGAGGGGGUUGGCGCCUGUGUUUACGCUCGUUGCAUUGCUCUGGCUGCGAAAUUUACAUGCAAGGGCGGAAUUUGUAUGGCGUUGGUCGGGAUGCAUUCUUAUAAACGAUGGGCAGAAUCAUGCAGAUAUGUAUAUCUGCCACUGCAUCAAUCUAGUCACAUAUCCACA